UUCCGUUCUCGGGUCCAUUCUUGCUACCAUUGUGUCGCAUUCAGGCGGGAGUUUUGGAAACAACUCUUUCUGUUUCUACGCUCUUGGUAUCAGCAACUGAAAUAUACAAAUACUUACAGCUAGCUCAGCUGUUGACAGAAUAGAUUGGAGAAUUAAUGGGAGUCGACGGCCGGAUGGACCCGUUAGACUUCCUAACGAAUGAAAAUCUGUUGCUUUUUCUUCACCGCAAGAAGACGGAGAUUUCUUGCAUGGAACAACCGCACACUUUCCUCACCCAGCUGCGUGACCACGAUCUGCUGCCGGAGAAACUUUAUAAGAAGCUUAAAGGAAUGCGCUCUCGUGAGCAGCGGCAGAAAGGCGUCUAUGAUGUUCUGGAUUGGUUGGAGAAAGAGAAAUCUCAUUGCAUGCAUCGGUUCUGGGACUGCUUGUUUAAAGACCAUAUCCUUCAUCUGUACCCUGCACUACGUCUGCUCAGAAACAGCCUGCUGGACGGCACAUUUAGCUUCAAUGAGAAACCCGCAGUUGAAGAGGGAUUGACUGAGAAGGAACAGUCUGAAGGAAAGGGGGAGAAAGUAAAGGAGAGAAAAAAUAACAAAAAGCGAAAGAUAAAUGAUAAAGCUAGUGAGGAUAGCGAUGGUCCAGGAACGUCCUCUGCCUCCACACCCACUCGGAAGAAACCAGCCAAGAAACCCUCCUUCUCAUCUCCCAUUAAGAAAGGAGACACACAGGAGAUUUGGAUGUGGCCUCUUUAUAAAACUCAGCUGCCAGUAUCCUGUGGGAAUAAAGAGGGCACUCUUCAUAGGGACAGGCUGGCCAGAGGGAAGGAGUGUAUUUUUGCACAGGGACGCUGGUUCACCCCAUCUGCUUUUGAGCAGUAUGGAGGCAAGGAAAGAAGCAAAAACUGGACACUCAGCAUACGCUGCAGAAACACACCACUCAAGAAACUCGUAGAGGAAGGGCAUCUCCAGACUCCACCGAUGAAGAGAAGAAAGAGGACAUGCGUCCAAAACAGCAUGAGAGAACUGUUUCCUGUCAUCUCCUCAGAUAGCUCCAGUGCAGACUCAGAAACCAGUGCCCUGACAGAGGAGGAAAUGGACGCAGAUGAUUUUGAGGAACAGAGAAGCAGAGAGGGAGAAACAGAGUUUAGAGGGAGAGGAGAGGAAGUGGAGGAGGAGGAUGAAGCAGAUAUGGAAGAUCUAUCUGUUUUCCUGGCCCCAUCUUUACCAGUCACUUGUGUUUCUAUUUCCGGGAUGCUACACAAAUAUAGGUUUGCAUCAGAUGUGCGUGGGAAGUGUAUCCGUACUGAUGAGAGCUGGUUCACACCAGAGGAGUUUGUAAGACAGGAACCCUCUCUCACUGAUGGAUUCUGGAAAAGAGACAUCCUGUGCCAUGGCAAAACUCUCAACUUCUUACUGAAGAAAGACAUUCUGUGGAUCCAUUCGCUUCUGUGUGAAUGUGAGAUGUGCAGUGAUCAAGAGCAGGACCUGUUGGCGCAGAAAAAUGACGACGUGUGUUACGUGUGUGACUCCAAGGGAGAUAUUGUGUGCUGUGACGAGUGUCCACGAGCUUUUCAUCCAGACUGUCACCUGCCAGCUGUACACAGAGAUUCAUCUGGAGAAUGGAUGUGUACUUUUUGCGUGUUGCGGGCCAAUCGACAAUGGCUUUACUUGAGUCACAUGACUGAACAAGAUGCUUUAAAUGCCCCAGUGUCCCAAAACAAACUGCACUGCCACUAUUUGCUGUUAUGUAUGUAUAGAGAGGAUGUCCAGCGAGUGUUUGUAAAGGAUCCUUGCAGAACAGUUGCCAGAUACUCUCAGUUAAUAUCUCAUCCCAUGUGGCUGGACAGAAUAAAGGAGAAGCUGGAGCAUGGUGAAUAUCAGAUGGUUGGAGAGUUCGUCUCAGACUUUCAGCUCAUCUUCAGUAACUGCAGCAGGUUCAACAAGGACAAUGAAUUUGGUAGAAUGGGUGCCAAGCUGAAGGAAUUGUUUGAAAAGGAGUUCAAGAACAUCUUCACUAUCCAAUAGCAUCUCGCUUUCCAACUCUGACAAUAUGUUUGGAACAAAGUCCUUUGAAUACCUUUGAAUAUUCAUUGGAUCAUAUUAUAAUGUAUAAACUGAAAGAUGAUGUAACAAUGCAACAUUUAUGACUUGGUUGCUAUGCAAUACUGUGUAUCAAGUAGGGUUGCAACGGUAUGAGAUUUUCACGGUACGAUAACCAUCUCAGAAAAUAUCACGGUAUACGGUAUUACACAGUUAUUAUCAGUUACAAUGACCCUUAAAAGGAGAAACUUGAAUUGAAACUUGAAAAAAGAAAUUCUAAUGGAAAAUUAAUUUAAUUUUAAUUUGUAAAAAAAAAAGUCUCCCUUUUGAAAAUAAAUAAUGUAAAUAGAAUAAAUAAGAAAGCUAACAGAAUUACAAUAAUAAAACAAAUUAUAAACAUGAUAAAAAAUAUAGCAUGUAACUAUAACAUGUUAUAUAACUAAAGCAUGUUAGUUUACAUGUUAACAUAGCAGUAAAAUUAACUACAAUAUGAUAAAUAACAUCAGCUGUGUGAGCUUAUAAAGUAAUGUCGUAUGAUUAUUAAUAAUUAACAUAUACUGUAAGUGCGUGACAGCGCAGCCAGACUGCUUCUGUUUGUACCUUUAACUCAGUGAUUCUCAACUGGUUUUGCUUUAGGACACAGAUUUUACAUUGGAUAUCAAGUGGCGACCCGCCAUAGUAAAAACGUAACCUGUAUUUAAUGUAUCCUAGGUUGCAUUUCCUUUUAUGCUACAUAGUUUUGUUCAUGGUUUUCAAGUACAAGGACAUGCAUCAAGUGACAUUAUUUUUGCUGCUGAUGUAAACAACAAAAGCGACAGGACGUUUUCUCUCCCCCGUUUUAAAAAUUGAAGAGCAUAUUUACUUCUAUGAGCCCAUUAUUAUCCUGUUUGUUUCCUAAUUUCAAACAUAAUUCAAACAGAACAUAAAUAUUACACAGGAGGAAAGGCUCCUCAUUACCAUGAUUAGGUCAGUGUAGCUAGUCUUAAAUAAUAGUAAUAAUAAUUAUAAAUUAUAAUAUUUAUGAAAAAAUAAAUACUAGCUGAAACACAUCUUGAAACUUUUAACUACAACUGCCACUGUUGAUAUAAAAUGAGGUCUAACAGAUUCUACCUUUAGAUUAUUUCAUAAGAAAAAUGUUGUCAAAAUAUAACAGUUACUUUCACUCAUGUAAAAUCAUGAAACAAUUUUGUAAAGGUGAUGAAUAAUGAAAAAAAAAAUGAGCGCAUAGCACAGUGUUGUUCUUUUCCUCCUCAGUGCUGUUUGGCAUGUCAGGGCUGCCUACUGUUUGCGAGGUUCGACUUGACUUUCUCUGUAACGCUUUAAACUAGAAAAGUCUCACUAGAAUUGAAAUUGGUCACAUCAGUUUUGAGGUCUGCGCUGCGCAAUAUCGAGGGAAGCCCGGUUGUUGCACGCGCGCGUCAGAGAGCAAGCUGGUUCCGUUACACUCGUGCGAAAGUGCAGAUGAGAAGCCUUCAGCUGAUUGCGAGAUUAUCAUUAAAUCUGCCUCAGCAGUCCUAAAUAGGCUAUCACUUGGGCGGCCGCCGAAAUAUCUUCAAUGGGAGAACCAUGUCAUUGUUCUUUCCCUGCUGUCCGCAUAGACCUGCAACCCACUUUUGGGUCGUGACCCACCAGUUGAGAAACACUGCUUUAACUCACACACACACUCACUUAUGUCAGACCCCCUCACCUUGCUUCUCUCUGACAUUUUCUCUGCUGCAUGUGUGUGUGUGUGUGGUUCAAGUCGAUGAGUCUGACAGGCAGUCGAGGAGGAAAGGAGAUGCGCACGCGCAGGUGAGAUUCUCCGUCCGGUUGCAUUUUUUUUCUCAAUACCGUAGAUAAGCAAAUGUACAUGGUAUGAUAACCGUCAAUUUUCAUACUGUGGUAUACCGUGAAACUGGUAUACUGCUGCAACCCUAGGUAUUACAAGUGGUCAUUCAAAGAUUCAAAUAUAAUUUUUUUUGUUGCACAUAGGAUAUUGGUUUUUGGAAGUGUCCUAAAGGCGCAAUGCUUCAGGUUUCAAGCAUCAAGUAAUUUUUUGGCCUUUGCUGAAAGCAAAUGCUGUGAAAAAUGACAAAAUCACUGACAGUCAGAUCAUAUUUGAUGUUUAAUAUAUAGCUUUGUAAACAGUUUUUUGGAUCAGUGAGAUGUAACUGUGGGUGGGACAUCCCAGAUAAAAACUCAGAUUAACAUGUAAUAUGUUACUUAUUACUUUGCACUUUAUUGUGUCGCACCUGGUUAGGGCAUGGUGUUACAGCUGCUGUGGGUUGGCUAUGUUAAUACUAACUUUGCUGAUUUUUAAGCUUGGUGAUUUGAGUGACAGCAACCAUUGGUGACCACUGAGAUUAACAUUAUGCAAAUGAGUAGUGAUGCAAUAUGGCUACUACUAAUGGAGGUGAAGCUCUGGCUCCUUGGCAACCCCCAGCAAUUGAAUGGCUGUCAAAUGUUAAUGAAAAGUGUAAAGUGUAUAAUUUCUGCACUUUAUAGGCUGAAUUUUGAAUUCAGCCAAGAAUGUAUAAUUAAUAGUAGUCUCUGCACAUUAAACUAGGACCGGUAAAACAAUUUAAAAAUGACACACUACACCUUUAAUUUCAAUGAGGAGGAGUUUAGUGGUUGAAGGGGAAUCUUUUUCUCAUUUGCUUUCGUUGAAGUUCAAGUAAUUUGCAGUUUACACCCUCAAAAGAAAUUUUAUUCUGUAAAACAAUGAAAAAAUAUUUGUACAUUGUAAUUCAAAUUAACAAUAUUUUAAUCAACUGCCAUCUUGUUUUUACAAUAAACAAGAAAUAAAUUA